GCUUUUUAGCUGCAGUUGCAAGAAUAUCUUGGUUGCAAAUCUUUCCAGCUCCUCUGACUAGCUGUGAUUUCCAUUUAUUUGUACGCGCGCAAGUGCACACUCUUGCUGCAGAAGCAAGACCAGUUUCGCUGAGUUCGCAGGUGAGUAGCCGCAGUGACCCCGCACUACUGAAGCAAUGGCAAGCAAAAUCACGAGCGAUGAGGGGUACGGAAGCUCCGCGGACUCAGUCUGCGAAAAGACCCUUUCCUUGAGCAACAGCGCCUCGACCAUAACCAUGAACGAAAUACUGCCCGUUACCAAGGUUCCAGCCUUGGACACGAUCGAUCCAUACGUUGUCAAUAGAUCAGCCGAGUGCGCGGUAGCCAGAAGUCCCCCACUUGAGCUAUCUUACAGUACGGAAUAUCAGAACCUCGCCGAUGACAUCGUCCAGGGCUAUGCGCGUUUCAUAUCUAGCUUCACCGGGCUCGAGGAUGUUGCUUUCUUCGUAUCCCGCCACUCGCCCUUCGUGUCGGCCACGCAACAGACAUGCGGAGUCAUUUGCGCCUCCGUGUUUUGCUCCGAUGGUGCUGAGCAGCAGAGGGGCGAAGAAUGCUGCAAAGUGCGCGAAGUAGAUACAUGCUACUACAACAAGGACGAGAUCCAGUUUUCGUUGACUCUAGGAUUGAGCGUCGGACCUGAAAAUGGCGAGCUACAACCUAGCGUCCAAGAAAAUGUAUUCGGCUUGAAUGUUACAUCUUCCACGAAUGACGGUGUUCUACAAAUCGAUUUUACCUAUCCGACGCAGCUCAUUCCGGAUACGGCAAUCUCUCAACUGUUGAAAACGCUCGCCUCACACCUAGCCGACUCGUCUCCAUUCCUUAGCCCCGAUAUAUCCCCUCCUGAGCUUUCGAUCAUUAAUUUCCCUCCACUCAUGGUGCCCCCAUCCAGGGACACAGAACUGAAUGAGGCCGUUGCAGCCGAGAGCUCUAGGCCAUCCCUUCUUCACGCUGCUUUUGAGGGCUGGGCCCGUAGAAAGCCUAAUACCAUAGCGCUUGACUUCAUACAUUCUUUAGCAUCUGCAGAAAUACCCGCAGAACACAGCAUUUUAACUUACGCCGCUCUUAAUACUGCAGCCUCGAACUUGGCCAUCCAUAUCAGGACUCUUUUGUCCGGUCACGAUCACUCGGCCAAUCAUGGGCGCAUAAUCCCUGUAUAUAUGUCGACGUCCCCUGAACUUUAUAUUUCCUAUCUCGGUGUCCUGAAGGCUGGCUGUGCGUUUUCGCCGAUCCCUCAAGAUGCCCCCGCACAGCGAGUACAAGAGAUCCUCCAAGACAUUGGCUCUCCCAUUAUUCUAGGCAAUACACCUGAGCCGUUCCCGAUGCCGUGGACCACGGAAACUACAGAUGCUAAAACAACCACUCACACAUGGGUUGACGUCACGGAAGUGUCUAAGUGGAAAGAGCUACGAGGGGACCAGGUCCCCUCAACAGUUAUGUCUGAGCCUCUUGACCAACCGGAUAUAGAUGAAAACCAGACUGCUUAUCUCCUGUUCACGAGUGGCUCUACUGGAAAACCCAAGGGCGUUCAAGUUAGCCAUUUGGCGGUUACCUGCUCCAUCGAGUCUCAUGCUACAGCCAUCCCGCUACCUGGAGACUCCGUCGGGGACUUCCGUUGGUUCCAGUUCGCGUCUCCCACAUUUGAUCCAUCACUCAUGGAAAUCUUCGUGACAUUGAGCAGUGGUGCUACUCUUUGCUCUGCCUAUCGGAGUUUGACAUUGACAGACUUGGAAGCAACUAUCAAUGAAGCAAAAGCAACUGUGAUGAUGGCCACCCCCAGCUUGGCUGCACUUCUGCGGCCUUCACGUCUGACAACUCUCCAAUCUCUCUGGACCAUGGGUGAAAAGCUGAAUCGAACAGUCAUCGAGAACUUUGCUUCCCAACCAAAUACCAAUGAGGUGAAUGGCUCUUCAGGACCUUCAACCAUACUGGUUAAUGCAUAUGGUCCCACAGAAGGCGCGAUUAACUGCACCUUCCUUGCCCCAGUCGACCGUUCCACUCGUGGUUCAAUCAUUGGUAAAGCCCUGCCCACGAGUGCAAUGUUCAUCCUCGAUCCGAAUACCCAUGUCCCAAAGCCGAUACCGUCUGGGCUUGCUGGGGAGCUGGCGCUAGGAGGGCCGCAGGUCAGCAAAGGCUAUUUGAACCGCCCGGAAGAAACUGCGAAGUCCUUUGUACAUAGCCCCGACUUCGGUUAUGUCUACCGCACUGGUGAUAUGGCACGCAUUGUUUGGGACGAGACAGGCUCCCAGGUUAUUGAGUUCCUUGGCCGUAUUACCUCUGAUCAGGUAAAGCUCAGUGGUCGCCGCGUGGAACUUGGUGAGAUAGAGUCUGUCAUCUCCACUGUGAAUGGUAUUACCGAGGUUGUGGCCGUAGUGUCGAAGCGGGACAUGAAUGUGCAAGGCAGCGAACAGAUCUUUGCGUGCCUAGUAGUGGAUAAUGCAACCGAAGUAGAAAAGCACGAGAUUGUGCGAACCGCCCAAGAGUCGACACAAUUGCAUCUUGCAUCAUACAUGUGCCCAUCGGCGUACGCAUUCUUUGACUCUCUACCUAGAUCUAGCUCUGGGAAAGUCGACCGCAAAGCCAUAUCUGCCAAGCUCCAACAGGGUGGUGUGGACUUAUUCUCUAUCCAGAAACCCAAAUCUGAGACGUCCGUUGAUGCACAAGACAACUGGGAGGCUACAGAUGAACACACACAACGGGUACAACAACUGGUGGUCAAUCUUAUUGCAGAAACAUCCGACGAAGAUGUCACCGCAAUCAAGCCCGGAUCAGAUCUUUACUCGCUGGGCAUUGACAGUCUCGGUGCGAUGCGGCUCCUACAGAAGCUGCGAGACAAUUUCAUUGAAGGCUUAUCUGUAGGGGAUGUACUGCGAGCUGAAACACCUAAGACGCUGGUGUCAAUGAUUGCGAAGCCUCAGUCAACGGCCAAUGGUAUCGAUUCGAACGGCGCUUCUCUAGCUGAUAACUCCGCCGAGCUGCUGAGCCAACAGCUUGCGUCGUUCAGUACCAGAAACCAACCUGUAUGUGCGGAGAGGCUCGGUCUAACCUCGGAUCAGAUCCAGAAAGUCUUACCGACCACGGCAACACAAUCUGGUAUGUUGACCAGCUUUCUGCGCAGCUCAGCUGAUACGUCGUUCGAAACGCGCUCGUAUAUUUAUCAUUCCGUCCUUCCCCUUGAGGCUGCAGUCGACCUUGACCGUGUACGGAACGCGUGGGACGUUGUUACUGCGAAUUAUGACUCUUUCCGAACUGUCUUCUGCUGGCUCGACGACGACAUGGCACCAUUCGCACAGUGUAUCCUGGCUGCUGAUGCAGUACCAAAGCCAAAGUGGAAUGUUUACAACGUCUCUAAGGGCAAUUCAGAGAAGGAAACGCUAAACGAGGCUUUACGAGACGCAGAGGAAACUAUUAGCUUGAGUACGCCUCCAUGGAAGUUGUCUCUGAUCACAUCCCCUCAAAGAACACUCAUAAUCUUGAGCAUGUUUCAUGGAAUCUUUGAUGGUGGCUCAUUGCAACUACUUCUUCAGGACGUGUCUUUGGUUUAUGGCAAUAAAGCUAUGGCGAGCCGAACAUCAUUGGAGCAUAUUGUACAACAUCACUUUGGCGCUGACCAUACAGCAACAUCUAAAUUCUGGAACGAACAUUUGGAGCACUACUCACCGAUUUCUUUUCCUUCCGUCACGCCUUAUCGGGCUCCCUCAGUGAAAGCGGCCGAUUGCGUGGAAAUCACCUCACACAUCAGCUACGACCGGUUGAAAAGGCAGUCUAAAACCAUCGGCGCAACCCCACUCUCAGUGCUACAGGCAGCUUGGGGCUCUGUCCUCUUGGCCUACACUGGGACCCCAGACCAAGAUGUUGUGAUGGGCAGCGUAGUUUCUGGGCGGUUGGAUCCCGACUCAGAAAUAUGUAUUGGCCCAACCUUUACCACUGUUCCUGUGCGACUCGCUCUGAACCUAAUCCCACAGGAUGCCACUGGCACUCGGACGAACAGAUCUGUCGCCCGUUACCUGUCAUCUUUAAAUGCCAAGACAUUAUCUUAUCUGCAACCGCGCUUGGGGUCCCUGGUCACAGGAGAUGGUCGAUUACCAUAUGACACGCUUGUGGCAUAUCAGGACUUCAGUGCUGGAUCAAGCACCAGUGGGCUUUGGAGCUCAAUAGACCACCCACCAAUGGGGAAUGACUUUGCUGUGAUGAUUGAAGUCUGGCCUGGAGCCAAUUCAUCUUUGACCUUCCGUGCCAGUUUCAAUCAUGCUCUGCUUGACUCUGAAUCAGCUGAGGUCAUGCUGAGACAAAUGGUUGAUAUCGUUGCGUUCAUACUUGAAACACCAGAAGGAAACUUUUUAGAUUCCCCAUCCCAGACCCAAGUCGAACUGAAGUCGAUUUUCAAUCCUACAUCAAUCAUUGCUCCAGAGGUGUCAGAGGGCGCGCUAAUCCAUUCUCGAUUUGAAGAACAUGCAGAAUCACAUCCCGAAGACAUCGCAUUGAUAUUCAAGGGCGACUUGGAUGACGACAGCAACCCAUGUAAUAUAUCAUGGACCUAUGGAGAGCUCAACGCCAUAGCCGAUGGUCUUGCUGAGAAUCUGCUUCAGGUUACCGGUCCGCUGACAAACACCCCUGUUCCCAUAUGCAUUGAGAAAAGCCCGGCCAUGUAUGUGGCUAUUUUGGGAAUUCUCAAAGCAGGCGGUGCCUGGUGUCCGAUUGACACCCUUUCUCCUGCCCAGCGUCGCCAUGACUUGAUUGCGCGGACUGGCGCCAAAGUUCUUCUCGUGUCUAGUAACGAUGGUGAUCAACCCGAAGGGUCCAUCCCAGCUGGGGUUGAUAUCAUCGAUGUUAGCCGAUUCACCGUGAAUACCUCUAAGUCAAACAGCAUGGGAAGGCCCAGUACUAAGCAAAGAACAAGCCCAGAUUGUAUGGCAUAUCUCAUCUGGACCAGUGGCACAACAGGCGCACCCAAGGGUGUUCCCAUCAAACAUUCUGCCGCGGUCUCUUGUAUGAAAUCUCUUAGCAAGGAUAUUCCUACAGACGUACAAGGUGGCGUCGUUCGCUGCAUGCAGUUCUCACAGUAUACCUUCGAUGUGUCAAUCCAAGACAUCUUCUAUGCCUGGAGUCUUGGAGGAGUUCUCAUCUCCGCUACAAGAGAGAUAAUGUUGGGCUCUUUCUCUAAACUCGCGAACAUCACCAAGGCUACUCAUGCGCACCUCACUCCAGCAUUUUCAGCAGGUGUUCCUAGGAAGAGCUGUGAAACGCUUGAAGUGAUUACUAUGAUUGGUGAGAAGCUGACCCAGCCAGUCGCUGAUGAUUGGGGCACUGAUAUGCGCGCCUUCAACACAUAUGGGCCUGCCGAAGUAACCAUUGUUUCCACAAUCAGGGAGUUCGGAAAUGAGCACAAGAACAUCAAAAGCGCCAAUAUUGGCUGGCCCAUGGAUACUGUGUCUGUUUUCGUGACAAAGAAUCAGCGAAUGGUAAUGAAAAAUGCAGUUGGCGAGUUAGCAUUGGGUGGACCCCAGCUUUCCCCUGGCUAUCUGAAUCAAGAGGACGUCACAAAAGCAAAGUACGUUUGGAACGAGGAAGCCUCACAGACACUCUAUUACACCGGUGACUUGGUGCGCAUGCUUGCUGAUGGCUCUCUUGAGUAUCUCAACCGUGUCGAUGACCUGGUCAAGCUCGGUGGUAUUAGAGUUGAGCUUAGCGAAAUCAGUUUCUCCCUUGAUGGCUGCCAUCCUUGUGUUGAGAAUAUUGAAACACUCAUCCUCAGUCGUUCCGAUAGACCUACGAAGGUGGUUGUUGCCUUCCUUUCUGCACCUGAAGCUGCAUCUGCCGAUGAUGACAAGUUGUUGAUACUCAACAGUACGGCACUUGAUAUAGCUCGUGCUGCCAGUGACAAAGCCCACUCGGUCCUUCCUGAUCAUAUGAUCCCGUCUGUGUACUUGAUUGUGAAAAACAUUCCAAGAACACCAUCUGCCAAGACUGACCGUCGGGCUCUGCAAGCCGCAUAUGAAGCUAUUGACAUCGACAGUUGGGAAGGCCAGCUGAACCCUGACAAUACGGAUUCUGCCAAAGAGGCAGAAAAUGACGCAGACGCCACCGCAAGCUCAAAUAUAAUCGAUAUGAUCGCAUCGCUGGCCAACAUCUCGUCCUCAAUCAUUACCAAGGCCAGUAGACUUGGAAGUCUGGGUAUAGAUUCAAUCCGCGCCAUUCGCCUGGCCUCCAGGCUCAAAGAAGCUGGCUACCAACUGUCUGUUGUCGAAGUACUGAACUGUGUCACCGUACAAGAUUUGGUGAGGUUAGCGUCUUCUAGCAAAGCUGCCACUGCCUCCUCAGAUACAUUUGACCUGGAGAAGUUCAAUCUGACAUGGCAUGUGUUGGCUGCCAAGCAGAUACACGAGGAUUUCUUCACUGUACGCGCUACUACAAUUCAGGAAAGUUUGCUCAGUGAGACAAUGGGUACAUACGACAUGUACUGGAGCAAUCAUUUCUUCUCACUUGACCCCUCUGUGUCGCUUGACGGACUAAAGCAGGCUUGGCUUGCAGUUUGCCAAAAAACGGAAGCACUAAGGACUGGAUACAUUCCUGUGGCUGAGGUGGCUAGUACUUGUCAUGAUAAUUUCGACUUUUCUAUCCUGCAGCUCAUUUACAACUUGCCUGCCUUGGAUUGGGAAGUGCGCAACUGUACUGAAGAUGAUUGGGUAGCGCUGCGUGACCAUCGAAUUGAGACAAUCAUGAAAAAACACCAAACUACUUAUUUCAGCUAUCCACCGUGGGCUGUUACUGUGUUCGAUAAGGGUAAUGAAAGGGUCAUGGUUCUUACAAUACACCAUUCUAUCCACGAUGGCCCUUCUCUUGGUCUAAUCAUGGAUGAUGUGCAAUCUGCUUACAUGCACAAGCCGCCCUUGAGACAUCAGCUUAGCAGUGCGCUUUCCAUCGUUCUUCCGAACGAAGUGAAGAGCGCAGAGACCUGCAACUUUUGGCAAUCCGAGUUAGAGAGGUUUUCAGAGCUGGACACUCCAGUGUGGCCUGACCUUACUGGCAAAAAGGUAGAUCCUGGAGUUGAACAAGAAUUUAAUCUCAUCUCAGAGGAAGUUCCAUUGACGGAGAAGGUUUCAGAGCUUCAAUCAGCUGCGGCUCAACUCGGAGUGGCAUCUAUUGCCUCUAUCAUACGAGCAGCAUGGGGCUAUGUUUCACUUUGCUAUCUUGGAAUACCAGCAACCGUUUUUGCAGAAACUCUCUCCGACCGUGUGUUGCACCCUGAUCUAGAGGAUGCAAUUGGCCCAUUGAUCUCUGUUGUCCCCAUACCUUUCCACCCACAGGGAAGCGCGCGCGAAUUUCUUGCAGAGCAACAUCGGAUCUCGGUACAAUCUUGGAAGCAUCGCCAUAUUCACGCUCGUGAUGUGCGAAGGAUGCUAAACCGGCCAAGAGGAGAGGCUUUAUACCCAGCUGUUUUCAACUUCCAUGUGGCAACUGAAUCGAACGGCCCUUCUCAGUCCCAAAUCUGGCAGGAGCUAGAAGACCAAAUUGGCUUACACGUGGAGCACCCUAUGGCCUUCAAUGUUUUCCAACGUGCAGACGGCGCUAUUGUCUUGGAGGCAUCCUCGGAUAGCCGCCUGAUGAGCCGAGAGCAGCUGUCUCUUUUUGUCCGUCAGGUUGACGGCUUUGUCACUUCUAUGUUGGCGUUUCCCGACAAACAAUUAGCAGACCUCGUGCACCACCUUCCAACAGCCUUGAAGUCUAUUUCCACUAGACCUGUUCCCGAGUCUGUUCGUGAUUCGGUUCAUACCAGUCCAACCUAUUGGUUGGAGAAGAAUGCGCGCGAGCACCCGGAAUGGACAGCUGUUGAGGUCGCAAGUGACAUAGCUCCUGAAGGAAUUGUUAAGGAAGCGUGGACCUACGAGACGCUCAACACAAAGGCGAACCGUGUGGCAGCCUACAUUGCCUCCCAAGGGCAUAAGAACAGAAUGAUCGGCGUUUGCUGUGGGCGAAACCUUCCUUCAUAUCCAAUAAUCGUUGGCAUCUUCAAGUCUGGAAAUGGUUAUCUUCCGAUAGACGAGGGCCUUCCAGACGAACGUAAAGCAUUCUUGACUGAGGAUGCUGAUUGUCCCAUUGUUUUCACCGAGACCCAAUUUUCGCAGUCAUUCUCCCGAGUCCCUGAAGCAUGUCGUGUCAUUUGCGUCGACGACUUUGGUUUCCAGGAAUUGGUGGAAACAAUGCCCGCUGAGGACCGGGAUUACCAGUCUCAUCCAGACGAUGUCGCCUAUCUUCUUUUUACAUCCGGUUCAACUGGUAAACCGAAAGGCGUCAUGGUCACCCGGGGCAAUCUUUCAUCGUUUAUCGAGUCAUUCGGAGAGUUCUGCAUCAAAGCAGCUCCUGGUACACUGACUCUAGGUGGCACUGGUAGGUAUCUUGCACAAGCCAGUAGAGCCUUUGAUCCUCAUCUUCUAGAAAUGUUCUUCCCGUGGCGCCAAGGAAUGACAACGGCGACUGCUCCUAGAGCUAUGAUCUUGAAUGACAUCAAAACAACACUUUCAAAAUGGGAGAUAACACAUGCAAGCUUCGUGCCGUCAAUGGUGGAUCAAUCAGAUACACGGCCAGAGGACUGUCCCAAGCUACAAUAUAUGACGGUCGGCGGCGAGAAAAUAUCCAAGAAGGUAUUGGAUACAUGGGCCGAUUCUCACAUUGCGCUUGUAAAUGCAUAUGGUCCGACUGAGGUGACAAUUGGCUGUACUUUCGCUCAUGUUAGGAGGCAGACAAACAUGCGGAACAUUGGACCACCGUUGAGUGCUUGUGCCUGCCAUGUCAUGAUUCCCGGUACAGAUACCUAUGCCCUCCGAGGUCAAACUGGAGAGCUGGUCUUUAGUGGCGAUCUUGUUGGAAAAGGAUACCUUAACAGACCCGAUGCCACUGGAUUUGUGACGGGGCCUAAUGGAGAGAGAAUGUACCGAACUGGUGAUAUAGGCCGUCUGAUGCCAGACGAUUCAGUGGAGUAUCUGGGCCGUGGUGACGAUCAAACCAAAAUCAGGGGCCAAAGGUUGGAGCUCGGAGAGGUGUCCGAAGUGCUGCGCUCAUCUUCGGCCGUUCCCAUUACUGUUGUCACAACAGUUGUCAAACAUCCAGGUCUCGCCAGAGCGCAGCUUAUAUCUUUCAUCACACGGUCGGAUGCUCGUCGCCACCAGCCGGAUGAGAGCGUGGCCUUUGUCCAGUCUGAUUUCGCAACAUUGGGCAAGGAACUCCAGGAUAUCCUCAAAAAGAAGCUGCCAGCAUAUAUGGUUCCUGAGCUUAUCCUACCCAUAACGUAUAUCCCGAAGGCACCGAUGUCUGGGAAAGCGAACCUCAAGGAACUGCAUGCUCUGUUCACAAACUUACCACUUGCGGCUGUUCUCCAGGGAAACAAUGCGAUCAAUAAAGAUGGCAGCGCCGUCAGUCGACCCCUGACUGCUGAUGAGGAGGCUGUUGUGGAGGAGGUCUGUACCGUUAUAUCUACAGACCGUUCCAACAUUGGUCCAAUGACAAAUAUCUUUGAGGUUGGCCUAGACAGUCUGAGCGCCAUAGGCCUCUCUAUCAAACUCAGAAAGAUUGGAUACCAAGCGACAGUCGCUCUUGUCAUGAGCAACCCAGUUAUUGAACAACUUGCCCGUCUUCCAAGAAACGCCUCGCCGUCAAAUGGACAAGAUUCGUUGUCGAAUACACGCCAAAGGCUUCUUGACAUAGAAUCUCAGUACAGAAAAAGCUCCCCUGCUGGAGUCGACCUGUCUCGAGUUGCUUCUGUGCGUCCUUGUCUGCCCCUCCAAGAAGGCUUGGUAGCCCGCUCCAUCAAUAGCGAUGGGGACCAACUCUAUGUUAAUCAUGUUAUUCUUCAACUUGGAAAGAUCGAUGUAGCGCAGUUGAUGUCAGCAUGGCAAACAGUGGUCAAUGACAAUGACAUCUUGAGAACUGCUUUUGCUUCGUUGGACAAGGAAAUGGUCCAGGUAGUCUUCUCUCCUGACUCCAGCCAGCUUCGCUGGACCGAAAAAGAAUAUCGCACCCUUGAAGAAUCGAUCGAGAGGUCCAAACUACAACAGGAGGGAGUCACUCAAGACAUCAUUUCGAACAUCUCCAGCACACCUCCUGUGCGCUUCCAUCUUGCAAAGAGCUCUGAAACCAAGGAACCACUCGCUCUCUUCAUCUCCAUCCACCACGCUCUCUACGAUGGCGAGUCUUUCUCAAUGUUGAUGGAUGAUGUUACUUCUCAUUAUACAGAGCACCCAGUUCCAGAGAGAGGUUUACCGUUGACGUUCAUUGAACAUGUUUAUGGUCAAGACUUAGAGAAGGCAAAGAAGCACUGGACUGAGUAUCUGUCCGGUUGCCACCCGACAAUUUUCUGCGAAGAUCCUAGUGUCAUGGAACUUCCAACUUCUGCGCACAAGCAACUUGGUAGCAAAUUGUCAGCCUUGGAGCGCCGAUCAGCGAGUCUCCAAACAACGGUCCCAUCCUUGAUACAGGCUAUAUUUGCACUUCUGUUGGCCGAUACAGUAGGCGCCUCAGAUGUAACAUAUGGACUUGUGCUCUCUGGUCGCGCUUUAUCUGUGCCUGGAGCAGACUCAGUCCUACUUCCCUGCAUCACUACAAUUCCCAGUCGUCUUGAUACGGACGGUAUGGACACUGUUACUGACGUAAUCGAGGCUGUCCAAAGAUCGACUGUCAGGUCGCUUGAUUACCAGCAUACUUCCCUGAGACAUAUACAGCGCUGGAUAAACUCCCAAACUCCUCUCUUUGAUUGCCUCUUCUCCUACAUCAGGGCUACUGAGCCAGAAAGACAUAGUCUCUGGAAGGAGCUUGACAGCCACAUGCCUGCUGAAUAUCCACUUGCAGUUGAAGUCGAGGCGAACCAUGCUACUGACACGGUCAAUCUACACUGCCUCUUUUCCCCAUUGUUUGGCACUCUAUAUAAUGGAGAGGAGUUCCUCGAAAAGAUGGAUGCUGUACUCGCAAGUGUCGCGUCAGGCGAAAGUGUCUCUUUGGAUAGUUUCAAUCUUCCUCGAGUGGAAGAUUCUGGGCCACGUUCAUCUGCUAUUAAAUGGGAUGAGACCACAUGGUCCAAUACAGAAACUGCGAUUCAAGGUCUUGUUGCUGCUUUCUGUGGCUUGAGUUUGGCAGAUGUCACCAAGGGAGCCUCCUUCUUGAGUCUAGGAAUUGACUCUGUUACAGCCAUCCAAUUCGCACGCAAGCUGCGUGAGUCAGGCCUCAAUGCUUCCUCGUCUGAUGUCAUGCGCUUCUCUUGUGUUGGUGCAUUAGCUAGACACAUUGAGCAAUCUUCUCUCCCUCAGCCCACAACGAACGGCGAACAGGUUAACGGAACAACGCAUAUUCCUCUUGAUGUUUACCAGAAGCAUGUCCGUCUCUUAGGUGAUAAUGAUUCCGUCGAAUCCAUGUUUGAAUGUACACCUCUACAAGCAGGCAUGAUCACACAAACACUAGCCUCUUCCGGGCAGGUCUAUGUUAAUCCUCAUCCUAUCCGCCUCAACGACUCUGUGGAUACUAACAGAUUACGGGAUGCGGUUCAAGAAAUAAUCAAGAGAAACAAUAUCCUGCGUACUUCAUUCCAUCUGAUAGGGGAGCUUAGCUCUUCUUGGAUCGGUGCUGUACAUGCACAGCCCCCUCUUGAAUGGCAAGAGCUGACUUUACCAUCUGACUGUGACGUUCUUUCUAAGGUCAACGCACUCUUCUCCUUUGGAGAAGAGUCCUCCUUUGAGGUUCCCCCAAUCCGCUCUGUUCUAGUUAACCAGCCUGAUGGAAGACUUUUGAUCGUCGUCAUGCACCAUUCUCUAUACGACGGUGCUUCCCUGCCAUUCUUCUUCGAGGACCUCGCCAUUACAUACAAUGGUGAGCGUCCGUCAGAGAGACCACAGUUCUCAGAAACAGUCAGGCAUGUAUUGAACGGACAAGAUGAGGCCUGCGACUUUUGGGGCCGUAAGCUACAGGAUUAUGAAGCUGUCGAGCUUCCUCAGCUGCCGUCUUCUGAAUCUUUGGAUCGCAUGUUCCUCUCAGACAGUCGUGUUGAUCUUGACCUGCCGGUUAUUAUUGACGCCUGCAAAAGGAUGGAGGUCACUGUACAAAGCGUGGCUAUCUUAGCAUACGCCAAGGCCCUUGCACGCCUUAUUGGGAAACGUGACAUCGCAUUUGGACAAGUUCUUGCAGGCCGGUCAGUGCCAGGAACCGAACGUACUUUUGGCCCGCUGUUCAACACUGUAGCUCAAAGAGUGACCUUUGAGCCAAAAUUCCUGAGCAAUAGGGCUAUGGCAUUGCGGCUGCAACAACUCACAACUGAAGCACAAGAAUAUCAGCACGCGCCUCUGAGAGUUGUACAAAACUCUCUGAGAAAGGCUAAUACGCUGAAGGCCACUUCGCUCUUCGAUACACUCUUCGUCUUCCAGAAGAGCGCAGACUUUGCUGGCAGCAUACUUGAGGAGCAACAGAUUUGGAAGCCGUACGAAACAGACGACUAUGCUGCUCAAGCCGAGUAUAAGCUGAACGUGGAAGUUGACCAUGGGCAAAAGGGAAUUGCAGUCAAUGCCAACUGCAACGGGCAAUAUAUGUCACAAAUGGCUCUCGAUAGCUUCAUCAACGAUUUCACAACAGCCUUCAAAGAUAUCAUCCAGCACCCAACCAGGUGCGUCACAGUCGUACCUGAGCAUCUUGGAGAACUGCCUCUCAGACUGUCCUUGGAAACUUCUGAAGAAAACCUGGUAGAAGCCUCCAGUGCGCCUCCGCACGAAGCCACCGUUAAAUCUGUGCUAGCAGAUGUUUCUGGUGUGCCAGUCGACAGCAUUAACGCCAGUACUAGCAUCUUCAGUAUUGGGUUAGACUCCUUGUCGGCAAUUCGCAUUGCUUCUGUCUGUCGAUCGAAGGGGCUGAAGGCGGGUGUAGCCGAUAUUCUCCAAGGCAACACUCUUCGUGGAAUCAGUCAACGUAUCCGGCCUAUAACAGAACAGGCAGUCAAGCCCCAAGGUGCCAUUAUCAAGGACUACGAUCAAGUUGAGAACACAGUUUUGAAACAGCUGGGCUUGAAUAAGGAUUCUAUUGAAACCAUUCUUCCAUGUCUCGGUGGUCAGUACUAUCACCUCGUGAGCUGGUUGAAGUCUGGACGGAAGCUGUUCGAACCGGCCUGGCCAUACUUUACUACGGAACGCAUCAAUGCCGAAAUGCUUGAAGAAGCAUGGUAUCAACUUCGUCAAAGGCAUCCAAUGCUAAGAACUUGCUUCGCAGCUAUUUCUUCUUCCGAAGCUGUCCAGGUCGUCAUGAAGCACGCUGUGCGUGAUGGUGAAACUUUCAAGGUCAUUGAGUCCUCUGAUUCCAUAGAAGAGGCUGCAAAGGCACAGUCAAAGGCAGAGGCUUUAAAGCCUUCUUCGCUCUUUGUUCCCCCUGUACGACUACGCCUCAUAAAGGCCAGCGACAAAGACGGAAUCCUUGUCCUAGUCAACCACGCUGCAUACGAUGCAUGGACAAUGCCACUGUUCGUUUCAGAGCUUGGAAAGCUCUACCACGGUCAGCCAUUGGACUCAGACCCUGACUUCCCUUCCUUUGUCGACUACUCAGUUCGUUCUCUCCGUGAAGUUGAUGAGAAAGCAUACUGGACCUCAGCCCUCGGCUCAGGUACGCGCACCGUCAUCAACUCUAAGCAGGAAGCCGGCCAAGUCCCAGAUCAACUAUUCAUCGGAGCUUGGGAAAAAGUCAAGAACGUAUCCCAUAUGGAAAACACAUGCCGCUCCGUCGGCCUGAGUCUCCAAGCCGUGGUCCUUCUGGCUGUUGCUCGCACCCUUGCGCGGGCAACAGGAUCAACAAGCCCAACCAUGGGUCUAUACCAAACCGGUCGCUCUGCCUCAUUCCCCAACAUUGAAAAGCUCUCCGGUCCUUGUCUAAACGUCAACCCAUUCACUAUCUCCGACGUCAUCUCUGACGGCUCGGAGCCCCACCUCCUGGACAAAGCCCGCGCGGUUCAAUCUUCCCUUGCAGAACGCGUCUCAUUCGAGCAAAGCUCACUGCAGGACGUCCUCCGCUGGGUUGAUGCUCAACAAUCUGGAUCGCCAUGGUUCAAUACCUGGGUCAACCUCCUCUGGAUGCAGGGUUCCAUUCCAUCAGGUAAUGAUGCCUCGCCAGAUGCAGACGUCAACGACAAGGCCGAGGUCUUCUUGCCUCUUCGCAUCGGUGUCCCCACGGACUUUAUUCCCGAUGAGCCUCUGCCUGGUCUGGAGGCGACCUCCGUGUCUGCCUUAGAUACUUCUCUUCUGCCAGAUGAGAACGUAUACAUCGAUAUCGGUCCUGACCCGAAGACUGAUACCAUUGGAUUCGGUGUUCGUGUCGAAGGAGGUUGUCUUUCUGAGGAGGAAGUCAAUAAACUUGUGUCUGAUAUCGGGGCUGAGAUUGAAGGGAUCGUUUCGUCGUUGCAUUGAUACAGAGCGACCAAGAAAAAAAAAAAAAACUUAAAAAAAAAAAAAAAAGGAAAGAAAGAAAGAUAGAAAGAAAGAAAAAAGAAAAAACAAGUUGGUAUGAGGCAGGAUUCCUCGUUUUGGAUACGUUUGCAUAUUUUUGGCUACAUCAUAGACAUUUUUUGCUAUAUGUGCAUUGCUAGAUUUUGAUUUCUGUUCAUUUCAUGUUUGUCGAUCGUUUGUAUAUACUCAAUUAUUUUGACGGUUCAAUCUAUUUUUCGUUCAAAA